CAGGGGUGGAAUAUAUGAACAGGCUCUGUGCUGCUGCAGUGCCUGAAAGGGAGUCUGUGGAAAAGGAAGCUGAAGGGGGAGCAGCAGUUCUCACUGCUGUGGCAGAGGUGCAUGAUGUUGAGUCUUUCUUCAGGAAUUCUGUUUUGUGAAGCACAGCAGAAGCAUAGGAAGGAAAGGCUGUCCUUUCUGCAAAGAAGUGAAAGAUACUGGGCAAAGCAGAGCUCCUGAUAUGGACCAGCAGCCCACUGUCCUGUGCACUGCCCCAGCAUAAAAGACAAUGUCCCUGAUGUGCAGAACUUACUGUCUGAGCAGAAGACACGAGGGAGGAGCUCAGGACAUACAAAUCUUGCAAGCUGACCAGAAGACACAGUGUGAAAGGUAAAUGGAAGAUUUGGAGGCUAACUUAAUCCAGACACGCAAAGCAUGUAAAAUAGAGCAGAUGGUAGCAAAAUGGCUUCAUCGUUCUCGAGAUGGUGCAUCCAGGGGCAGAGUGUCUGUGACAGACAGUACCAGUGAUGGCAGUGGCCAGCCUGCCAGCCGUGUCAAACUUACUGUCACGGUAUACAAAGACUUGGUCCUCCACCACUAUGGCUUUGAGAUUUGUCCAGACCUUCCUCUUAGGAUUGCAUCUGUCACUGCAGGGAGCACUGCUGAUGGGAAGCUGCAGCCAGGUGACCAGCUCCUCCUGAUCAACUCCACAGCGGUGGAUGACAUGUCUGUCGAACGAGCAGCUGACAUCAUCAGGGAGGCCGGCGACGAGCUCCUCCUAACCGUCCUGCGCUGCACGUCGGGUGGGCCUAAGUCAUCAUUUCUCACUGCAGAGAAGAGGGCAAGGCUAAAAACAAACCCUGUGAAAGUACGGUUCGCCGAGGAAGUGCUGGUGAAUGGACACACACAGGGGAAUUCUCUUCUUUGUAUGCCCAACGUUCUCAAGGUAUACUUGGAAAAUGGACAGACGAAGGCUUUCAGGUUUGAGAGAAGCACUACUGUAAAGGACAUUGUUCUCACACUGAAGGAGAAGCUCUCCAUCCGGAGCAUUGCGCACUUUGCCCUCGCUCUGGAGGAGCAGUACAAUGUGGCAAAGAUCCACCUGCUGCAUGAGGAGGAGCUCAUCGAGCAGGUGGUCCAAAAAAGAGAAUCUCAAGACUAUCGGUGCCUCUUCAGAGUUUGCUUUGUCCCAAAGGAUCCCUUAGACCUCCUGCAGGAAGACCCAAUUGCCUUCGAAUAUCUCUACCUGCAGAGCUGCAGCGAUGUGCUUCAGGAAAGAUUUGCUGUGGAAAUGAAAUGCAGUGUGGCGUUACGUCUGGCUGCUCUGCACAUACAGGAGAGGAUCUGUGCUUGUGCUCAGCCACAGAAAGUAUCCUUGAAAUACAUCGAGAGGGACUGGGGAAUUGAAAACUUCAUCUCACCAACGUUGCUUCGAAACAUGAGAGGGAAGGAUAUCAAGAAAGCUGUCAGCUACCACAUGAAGCGGAACCAGGUGCUACUGGACCCUCGGCAGAAGCAUAUGCUCGCAGCAGUCCAAGUGCGCCUGAUCUACCUGCAAAUUCUGGGAGACCUGAAGAUGUACAAUGGAAGGAUCUUUAAUGCCACCCUGAUGCUACAGGACAGAGAAUCGUAUGUUGCCUUGCUGGUGGGUGCCAAGUACGGGCUGAGCCAGAUUAUCAAUAAUAAGCUCAACAUCAUAACAAGUCUGGCAGAGUUUGCAAACAUCAGCAGGGUGGAGCUUACAGAGGAGUCUGAAAAAGUGAGCAUGGUGAAAAUCUACCUGCAGGAUCUGAAGCUGCUGACUCUGCUGCUGGAAUCAAAUAGUGCAAAAGAUCUUGUCUGCCUCAUCACUGGCUAUUACAGGCUGUUUGUGGAUGCAAAUGUCUCCAUAUUUACCUGGGGAGAGAAAAAACAACUGCACCGUGUCUCAGCUGAAGAAGGGUAUGAAUCUCGAACCUGCAGUGACUCUGAAGACUCCUGGGAGCUGGAUUCCUCCUCAGAGCAUUGCUUGGACAAUCCUGUAGCAUACGGCAGUGCCCAUCCUGUGUGCAACAAGGAUAAGCUGGGAGAGCUCCACAGCCUGGAGGACAACACAAAGCCCCAACCUGGAGGGAGUGACCAGUGCGAUGUGGGUGACAAUGCAACAGACAGCACAUCUGAGGCUUCUGAUUCAGCCAACACUGAGAGCCGAGGCUUUAAGACAAGUGGCUCCAGUGACUCUAUGGAUGCACUAGAGGAAGAUGAGUUGGAAGCUUGCUCUUCCUCCAGGCCAGAAUUCUUCCACUUCUAUAUGCCAACAGUGCAGGAGAUGAGCAGCUCAGACAAGAGCUUUUUCCCCAUUCAUGCUGCAGGAGGAUCCAGCAGGGCAGAAACCAGAGACUACUUUUGCUUCUUGCAGGUACCACAUGCAGAGAAGCCUGGGUAUGAAGACAGACCCUCUGAGCAGAGAAAGGAGGACAUUGGUGCGUCUGUGCUGGAGACCAAGCUGUCUGAGAGAAACACCAUGGGAUACUACAACCUGUGCUACAGCAUAUGCCCUUCAGGCAGUAUGGAGAGGAGCAACAUCAGUUGCAGCCCUCGAAGAAGUCCUUGGAAGGAUGGGUCUGCCCAGGAAGAGGCACCAUGUGGAGCAGAGCUGACAGCAGAGGCACGCGACCUCAUUUUGGAGCCACCCCCAGGCUUUGGUGACACCAGCUCUGAGGAGGAAUUCUAUGAUGCUGCAGACAGGCUCAGCCCUCCAGAUGGCCUGGCAGGAGGCUGCAAUACGACAUCUCAGGAGGGUACAGACAACAACCCCUUCAUCCUAAAGAAACCGAGGUGUUACAGCUUGCGGGAAAACCUGAUGACAAGGCAGACAACAGGGGAGAAACACAGAAGGGAGAAGGAGCUGACACAUGCCAAGAACCUGAGGAAGAGGAGAUCUUUCCUUAAAACUGAUUACACCUCGCAGGUGACUUUCCCUUUGGCUUUGCCAGGCUCUCUGCAGAGCUACUCCUCUUGGCCACCUCCCCCACCACUCCUUGCUCAGCCCCCCACUCCACCCUCCCCAGAGAACAUCAAGAAGGAUGCAGAGCUGGGACUUCCUGCUGCCACUCAGGCUCAGAGAGACACUGCUAGCACAAACCCAUCCUCUGACCUGAUGGAAAUGGAGCCUGACACCAUGGAAACAAAAUCAGUGACUGACUCGGUGGUUUAUUCCAUUUCAGCUGUUCGCCUGCAGGGUGACCAGCACAGGGAGGAGAGCGCAGGCAUUGCCAUACAUGUGGACAGUGGCCUCCAACCUGCACAUGCUGUACAUCCACCUUUCUUGUCCCUGAAGGAUGCGGUACCCCUUCCUGGGGGCCAGAGCAGAGCUGCCUGGGAAAGUUCCUCUGUGAAGACAAAUACUGGGUGGCCGAAUGAGGAAAGCUGUGUGGCCACCAGAGGCUGGCUGGCUCAAGUGGCACUGGAGGAGGUGAGGGAGGUGAUGGCAGCCCAGCACAAGGCUGGUGAUGUACCCCCAUUCCUGGACCAAGAGGUGACCUGCCCUGCUGACGAACACACACUGCCACCAUCAGCUCAUGGCCCCAGCAUAGCUUCUCCCCACGUGGUGGACCAGGACCAGGAACUGCUCCCCACUGCCAGGAGGCAUAUAGCCUGUGAGGAGCCUGUCCCGAUUCCCUGUGAAGAAGAAAAAUCUAAUUGUGACAGCUGUGCUGAAAACAGCAGUGACAGUGCCUUGUCACAGGCAAAAAGCAGACAAGUGAUAAACAAGGAGGCCUUACGGAAAGUGCACAGUAGAAGUCACGUGGGUUUUCCAGAUGCAACCCAGCUCUUAACAGAUUGCAGCAGCACUUCAGGGAUUGUAACUCGCCUCUCCUGGCUCUCAUUUGGGGUGAGGACAGACCUCAUACCACCCAGCUCAUCUCAGGAAAGGAUAGAUAUCUCACUAGAGCUUAUGGCCUCUCAGAAGAGCAGUGGAUGCCUGGGGGCCGAUGCUGUCAGAAGGGAGAUACAAACAUCCCUAGCUGGACCACCCUAUGAGAAUGAGUUGGUAAGCAGCCAGGAGCUGGAUGAAGGAGAGCCCAGAGAAGACACAGGAAAGGUGGCUCACAAACAGCUGUGGCCGGUUCAGACUCCUCUUCCCAGAGAACAGGCUACUGAGGUGGAGAAAGAGUCUCCUCUGACUCCAUCUCUAGGGCUUUCCACCUCCUCAGGCCCAAUUCCUUUGGGCUCACUGGGGAAAAGAGCAGGAGACCAGGGGGCUUCAAAACACUCCUUUCUCUGCUUUAACCACAAGAAGGAUGAGCAGACCCCUUCUGACCCCAUCAUGACCAGGUCCUUGGGUUUUUCCACAGAGAAGAAGAAAUCUCCACCACAGCUUGGGAUGGACAAAUGCAGCUGUCGGCUGUCCUAUAUCAGCUGCUUCCACAGGCCUGAUGACAAGGCAGAACACGAAACCACAAUCCCCAUGUGCAGCACAAUUCUUGGGCCCCUCACCACCCCACCAUCCAGCAGCUGCAGUCUUCCUGGGACUCCUGUGAGCAGUUACCCAGUCUCCAUUGCUAGGGAUGUGGCAUGGUGGGAUCCUCACGUCCAAGCCCUCGGCCAGCUGAAGGACCAAGCACAUAUGAGCCCUGCAGAUUUCUCCUGCUUCCUAGCCUACACGACAGAGCUGCAGGAGGUUGUGGGGAAGCUCUCUGGGAACCAAGCAACCCACCUGCAAGAUCAAUGUGCAGAGCAGGGUGCUGAGAGCAAGGGUGCCCUUGGCUUAGCCUCCCAGGACCUGCUGUCCAGUUGCCAGGAGCUCCUGAAAACAGAGCAGCCCCUCAAAGAGCUGCAGGGUGUUCUGAGGGUGACAUUUGAUCACUUGGUUCAGCUGGCAGUGGCCUGCUUCCAGGUGACGCACUGCCAGAUGUGCAGGCAGAGGCAGCAGGAGCUUGGGUCUGCGCUUGUGGAUGUGGUGGAUACCUACCACCAGUUUGUGCAAGCUGUUCACCAGCAGCUUUGCAGGCAAGGCUGUCCAGAUCUGGGUGCCAAGCUCCUCACCCGCCAACACACAGCCCUUACAGCUGCCAUGUAUUGUCUCCUGCAGCAGUUCAGGGUACCCCCGUUGCUGUGAUGGGGCUGUUUGGUGGCACACGAGUGCACUGGGUGGGGAAGAGCCCAGCCAUAUUCUCUGUCCACUACCAGGCUCUCCCCCACAGGAUGUUUAGCCCCACAGCUUCAGAAUGGUCAUGGAAGGACAUGUCCAUGCGUGUCGGCUUAGCUCCACCAAGAGCCACCCUGUCUAGGGGUGGUCAUGGGGCAGGGCAUACUGCCCUCCAGCCUAGCUUUUGUGUAGUUCUGCUUACACAGUUUGUAUGUAAUAUGCAACCUCUAGAGAACUAAAAUGGCUUAUCUAUUGUGCUUGGGGCUUGUCCCACAUCUCCCAAAGGCCUUGCAGGUGGCCAGUCUCAAGGUAUUGUCUUGGCUGCCUUCUGUUGCCUGUGGAGAGAGACAUGAGCCUUUCAGCCUGCUUUUCUUUCUGCUCCUUACUCUCCAGGCAGACUCUGGUAGAGUGACAUCAAAUCCCAUCCAGGCCCGAUGUGAAGGAACCAAUGCUGCUUUGUCCACCUUCUGUAGUGGAGGGUGUGUCUAGAUGUAUAAAGGAAACCUCUCUGGGAACAAAGCUAUGCUAUAUUUAACUGCUUUUUCUUGCAAGGUCAGGAGAGGUCUGUCCCAGGCAAGGGAGGCAACACCAUAUUUCUGCUUGUCUGAUGUGGUUUGUGUGUCAGCCAGCUCUUUGAUUUCCAUUUGCUGAUACUUGAGAAAGUCCUCAAUUAACUCCUCCCCCCAUGCUACUUACGGAUCCGUGUCUUCCAGGAGGAACAAGCAAGCCCUGAGACCUAAAUGCCACCUUCAGAGCUGUGGAGAUGAUCCAUUAUGCUGGCCUCCCUAGGAGAGGGCAAGCCUUUUUCCCAACCUCAUCAGUAGCUCUGCUUCUACCAUGUACAGUACAGCCCUAGCUAGGUAUGAGCUGUUUGCCCUUAAAGGUCAUCUAGCUGUGCAUCCCUGUUGAAUCAUCACUGCAGUGCUGGAGGCAUGACCUCAGGGCCCUCUGAGAAAGAGGACAGAAGCAUGUCCCCGACUGCUGCUGUUUAACUUAGUGGUGUGUUUGGGCCCAGCUGGCUUUCUCUGAGGGAUGCCUGCAGCAGAUGUGCUGUGUGACGAGCUGUUGAUGCAGCCGAGCAUGCUCAGGGUGGAGGGGUCUGCAGCAGGGGAGCAUGGGUGGGCCACAAGAGGUGGCCAGCUCUGCCCUUGCACACUGAGUCUCCCCAAGCACCAGGGGAGCAUGGGGCCAGGAUGGUCCUGUGGCUCUAACAUCUGCAGGAGGCCACCUCCACUUCUGUUCAUUCUUUGAUGCAUCUGGAGGGAGUAAAAGGCAAGUCCUUGCAGCUGCUCUAGUGUGGAAGAGGAUGACUGGCACAGGAGUGCGGCAGCACCCCUGAGAAACCUCCCUAUCCGGGCAGACUCCGACAGCCAGGCAGACAAACACCCACAGGAAUUGGGCAACCUUUACCACCCCCAAACCAGAUCCCGUACAGCUGCUACUCUCACUGUGCCUACAGGCAGCAAGCUAGCUAACCAAGGGCAGUCUGCUUUUCUGGCCACACAGGGACAGGUUGGCCAGAGUACCUUCAGCCACUGGGGAGGUGAGCACUGCCAGGUGUUUUGGGCGAGUGUAUGCUGCUGCCUAGCAAACUCGGGCUCAAUGAGACAGUUAGUCUCUUACGCUGAAGCCCACAUGCAGGCCCUUGACCACACAGCAACAGCUGAUGAGCAGGGGGAUAUGAAGAAUAACUGGAAGAGCACGGGAUGCUGAGAGAGUCUGUAGGGCACAGCAAAGCACCAGGCACCAGCAAACACAAAUUCAGCCUAUGUGGGGAGCAACACCCUGUGUCCACCAACAGUUGCUGCUGCAGGCCCUACUGCCAGUCUUGUGGACACUGAAUGCCGGGUGGUAUAAAAAGGUUCUUCAUCUGCAAGAGAACUUAAACACAUAAGCAAACAAGAUAGGUAAAUUACCUCAGAAGACCUUCAGAUUCUUCCACUGGUGUUUAGCCAUUGUCAUGGCCUGGGAGGCUUGGUUUUUUUUGUUUUGUUUGGUUUGGUUUUUUUUUUUUUUUUAUGGGUUUGUUGUUUUUUUUUUAGCAACAAGGGCUACAGUAAUUUAUCAACUUAGAUGUAUCAAAAAUGCUUUCUGCUGUGUCUGUGAAAUACAUUACUGCUCUUUGUGCAGGGCACAGUUGACUCCUAGGUACCUUCCCAGGAGGAACAUCAGGGUUAGUGGACUUUGCAUGUCAGUGUGUGAUGAUAUACCAUGCAUCAGUAACUGUAAGGAUGCAACAGGAGUUUAUGAAUAAACAUUUUAUUUUAGAUUAGAUGCACAGAAUUAGCUAUAGGCUUCAACAACUCACCAAGUCUUCAAUUCAACUGGUUUAAAACCGUUAGGAUGUUGUGCACCUGGGAACUGUUUCUCCCUUGGGGAAUCACUUCCUGUCUUGCAUUUCCCAAUUGGAACAGCACUGUCCUUUUCCAUGGGAAGGAAUUUUCCUCACCAGUUAAGUUUUGCAGUUCUAACUUCACCUUACUGCUUAAUCAAAAGGAAAGAAAUACCUUAAAGCUCUCUUCCCUGUCUGAGAACAGUAGAUGCAGUAGUCAGAAACACUGUAACAAGCAUCUCCAGAGAAGCAAGACUGAAUUCCUGACAGCUUUUACUUGAUCCCAGGGCUCCAUCAACUUUGUUUUCUAUUAAAUGGGAAAAGUAAUUUCCAGCAUUGUACUGCUGAGGUAGAAUGCAUCACUUGCAACAAGGUCCUUAAACAAGAUUUAAGCAGAGCCAUUUUCUCUAUGCACAUCCAUACUGGUGCCUCUGCUUGAAAUUUGGAGUUUGCCUCUCAUCUGCACAGCUCCAUAACACCACAAAAUAAAGGUCUCUUGUGCGUUGCCAUGA